UUAAUUUUGGACAAGGGGAAUAAGGAAACAAAUGAUCCGAGUUUGGAGAGAGCUUUUUGCCAAAUCUAGGGUUCUUAUUUUUAGUUUACCCCCAUAAUCAUACCAACAAUGUGGAGAUCGAGAAACAUAGCGACAUUGUUUGUGGUGGUGAUAUUAGGGUUAGCUUCAACACCAAUAAUCGUAAAGGGGAUGAGAUUCGAUUUGAAAACAGGAGCCACGAAAUGCAUAACGGAGGACAUCAAAAUCAAUGCAAUGACCGUCGGCAAGUAUAGCGUCGUCAAGCGUGUCCAAGGUUUCUCUUUGCCUGAAUCGGAUCGCGUCACUGUCAGGGUAACUUCACCGCUUGGGAACAAUUAUCACUAUGCAGAUCGAAGAGAUUCUGGUAAUUUUGCAUUCACUGCUGGUGAGGCUGGUGAUUACAUGGCCUGUUUCUGGGCUGCUAAACAAUCUCCACAGAAGACACUGUCAAUUGAUUUCGAGUGGAAGUCAGGCCUGGCUGCAAAAGACUGGUCUAAAGUCGCUAAAAAAGGCCAGGUUGAAAUGAUGGAACUUGAGUUGAAGAAAUUGUAUGAUUCAGUCACCACUGUCCACGAGGAGAUGUACAAUCUUCGAGAGAGGGAGGAAACGAUGCAACAUCUAAUACGAUCAACUAAUUCCAAGAUGGCAACUUUCAGCUUUUGCUCCCUUGUUGUUUGCUUAUCAGUUGCUGCCCUUCAGCUAUGGCAUUUGAAGUCAUUUUUUCAGAGGAAGAAGCUCAUUUAAUUUACUUACUUCUUCCUCCCUUUUUUUCUUAUCAUAUCAUACAUUAUAUUCAUUUACUUUUCUUCUUCUUUUAUAAUGUUUAAUUUACAAAACCGUGAUACCAGCUCUCCAAAUUCAGAAACCUCUGUAAAUUAUCACAAACUGAAAUUUUUCACAUCUAUGAUUCAUUCCUUCGUACA